UCCGUACACGCGACCAGUCCCUACAUCGCCUCCUCGAUUCCAACCACGUUUUCGCCCGCCCGAGUCUUUUACACAACACCACAACCGCCACAAUGUUCAGACAAGCCAUUGCUACCUCUUCCCGCGCAGUGCGCACCGGCAUGCGCACCCAGACUCCCAAGUCUGUUUUCCAAAAUCAGUUCCAGAGCUCCCCUGCCUUCAGGAUACGAGCCGCGCAACCCGCCGUUGCGAGAUGGUACAGCGACGCCAAGGAGACCACCGAGGCCACCAAGGAGGGCGAGAAGCCCGCCGAUGAUGCCGAGUCUGCCCUGAAGAAGCAGUUGGAGACCAAGGAGAAAGAGGCUGCUGACUGGAAGGACAAGUGCCUUCGCACCAUCGCCGACUUCCGUAACCUCCAGGACCGCACACAACGCGAGGUCAAGCAGGCGCGCGACUUCGCCCUGCAGAAGUUCUCCAAGGACCUCAUCGACAGCAUCGACAACCUCGACCGCGCCCUCUCCAUGGUGCCCCAGGAGAAGCUCAAGGUCGAGGAGAAGUCGGGUGACCUCAAGGACCUCGCCAACCUGUACGAGGGUCUUAAGAUGACCGACGACAUCCUCAUGUCGACGCUGAAGAAGCACGGCAUCGAGCGCUUCGACCCCGAGGGCGAGAAGUUCAACCCCAACGAGCACGACGCCACCUUCAUGGCACCUCAGCCCGACAAGGAGGACAACACCGUCUUCCACGUCCAGCAGAAGGGCUUCAAGCUCAACGGCCGCGUGAUGCGCGCUGCCAAGGUCGGCGUCGUUAAGAACGCUUAAGAGGCCAAUACUUCAACUUCUUGCAUCACAAUCCCGAUCUCUACGAAGAUCUUGUUUUAAAAACCAUGGGGCUGGUCGGCUGACCGCUGGAGGCGGAGGCGACCUACCAGCCCCCCUUGUACCAUUAUGUUCUACGAUAUUCUCUCGAUUCCCGGAACAGCGAACUGGGCGUUCCGGUCGGUGUAUAAUGCUCCUCUCAUGAUGUGACAAUAGCAUGGCGGAAAAAAAAUGUAAGGAGGCCGCGAAUGGGAAGGCCUUUUUGCUGGAUGAAAAGAAGAAACGGAUAGAAUCUGGAUACGUUUGUGUAUAUAUAGACCCCGGAUAGGGGUUUUGGGGUCUGAUGAUUCUUCUCAAAGCUCUGGUACAAUUUAAUCAUACCGUCUAGGAGAUUUCAAUCUCCCUGUGUCUUAAUUACACACG